AUGGAGUCCCCAAGUGGAAGGCAAAACACAAGUGCAGAAGUUGAGCAAGAAACAUUGGAUUUAAGGCAGGUCAAAGAAGCAGAUACAGGUGCUCGUGACUUUACCCAUGAAGAUUUGGAUGCACUUGAGUUCACUUGGACGAUCGUUGACGGCCGACUGCUAGCGCUCGACAGGUUCAUUCCUUCUCAUCCCGGUGGACCGCUCAUCAAUCGAGCUGUGGGAAGAGAUUCCAGCGAUCUUUUUCAUGCUCACCACACUUCUGAAAUGGCACGGGCUGUUUUGGCCAAAUGCUUUGUCGGCUAUGUCAAGUCUACUCAGGCUUCUAAUUGCCGCAUUCGAACUGAGCUCAAUAAGCGGUUGGAAGCGUAUAUCAAGACAGCGAAGACCGGCACCCCAUGGGCUGAGGUUAUAGCCUUUUCAAUGCUGAGCUUAUUUUCUAUUUGGACCUACUUUGUUUACGUGCAAGGAUACUUUUGGCUGAACAUAUUGAGUAGCUGGUUCUGGUGGAGGCAUUUGGAUGCAGGGUUGCACAGUGUCGUGCACGGGGACUUUCGUUAUUCUGAAACUUUGCACAGGGGAUUGUAUCGAGCCUAUAGCUUGCUCUGCCACCACAUGUUGGACCACUAUGAAGGCAAUCCAUUGAGCCUAUCCCAGCACUUUGAGCACCAUCUUUACACCAAUGACUUUCGCAAAGAUCCUGAUUGGACAGUUUUUGCUGUUGGGCGGAAUUGGAUUCGGCGUCAUGCAUGCAAUGCAUGGCAGCCCUACAAUGCCUGGCAGGUUUUCUACUGGCUUCCAGUUCGCUGUUUGCUGGAACCUGUAACUGAGAUUCUAACGAUGCUUGCGACUUGCAUGAAUGGAGCCUCACAGGUCUUUGAAGCUCCUGCAGGUCUUGAGAAGUUCACUGCCAGAGUAGAGGAUGUAGUUUCCUGGUGGUUCGAGGCCUUUGUGAGUCCGGGCUUCCAGGGUGCAGCCUUUCUUUUCCAGCCAUGGCAGCAAGCCCUGUCAGCGCUGAUCCUCAGUAGAGCAAUUGCCAAGUUGGUGCUGCUACCUUUUGCAGAGGUUCAACACUUCUUAAUGCCAGACGAGAGCUUCCAGGAUGAGGAGUUCGUCUUGCGGCAGCUCCGGACGACUGCCAAUUUACGGCUCAGUAAUCCCGUGGUUCGCUUGCUGGACUUUUUAAUGUUUCAUGGCGACAGUCUGCAGGUCGAACAUCACCUGUGGCCUGCCAUGAGCUUUGUCCACUUGCGGCAAGCCUCGCAGAUCCUGAAAAAUACGUGCCAAGAGCUGGGUUUGCCAUACCAUGAAAUUGGCUUCUGGGAAGCAUACUACAAGGUCUGGGAGCAAGUGAAGGUGCACUCUGAACAACCUGAGUGA